UUCAAUAAUCAAAAUUCAAAACUAAAAGGCCCAAAAAGAUUUGAAUUUUUAUAACUUUAUUUGUUAGAUCAUUGGUCUGUUAGAGGAAAACGUCCAUUUUCAGUGAUUUUCUACGUAAAAGUUCUUUUUGAAAAUGUUUUAUUUUGAAGUAAGAGUCUCAUAGUUCUGGUUAAUUGCUUUUCCACGCGAUUUGUGAAUGUCAGUGCAGCGAUUCGAAACACUACACUUACAGACAGACUGUCUGAGACAGCCGUGAGUCGUUAAUUUUUGAGAUACGCUACAUGAACGUUUGAAACCGUUUGAGGACGCUCUUCGAGUUGGAUGUUCGGAAGCUAUCAUGUCGGGCCGUAAGCUGGCGACCCCCUCCAAGGAGAAAAAGACCGUUGCACCAUCUCCGCGCAAAUCCAACAGUUGGUCGGCGGGCGCCGUUGCAAGCAGCCGUAGCAGUUUGGAACUGCCACGCUCCACUUCAUCGGGAUUGCGCCCACAGGUCUCUUUGAGCAAGUUCCGCGCUAAACGCUGCGAGGAGAAGUUGUCGUUCAAGCGGCACCUUCUGGACGACGAAAGUGACAGCGGUUUUGACAGUCCCAAUUCACAGAGCAGCAGCGCCUACAAAAAACCGUUGCUGGCCAAUCCGUUUUAUCGCGAUGAUUCCACCUCGGACAGCACACAAUUUACGCAGUUGGAAGGGCCGUCGACGGUGCCGUAUAGUAUAGUCAUCGAAGCCAGUUCGCUGGUGGAUCGCCUGAAAAGACAAGACGCCAGAACUGCGUAUCUGGCAUCCGGUUUACAGGAACCCGGCCAUGCGCGUAACAUCGUGCAGUCCGCGUCAGUUAAUCAGCCUGUUGCCUACAAAGAGGCUUUCGUUCCAUAUAAAGAUUAUUACGAUUGGAGCCUAAAAACUAAAUUACGCAUAACCAUUUCAAAUGACCUGAAAUGGUUAAGUGCGCUGACGCCGCAAGAUCGGACGAAACGGAUCAAGCCAACGAAAGGAGAAGGCCAAGCAGCCGGUAGCCGAUUCAUGCGGCUGCUGCAGUAUUAUAUCUUCCCUUUCCUCAACGGCGUGAAAACGUUUCCUCGACAAGCAGUGUUUUCGAUGGAAGCGAGCAUUGAUUGGCAGAAAGUGAUGCCUGAUUUGCAAAAAGAAUGGUCUACUAGUCUGUUGGAAUUGUUGGACAAUUUGACAAGCGGAGAAUGCCCGUUCUUUUACGUUGUAUCGCAUCAGUGGAUAGCCUUAUUUCUAAGUCGGAAAUUAAGCGGCGCGGACAGAUGUUGUGGAUACAUCACGCCCACGACAAGCGGUUUCCGAGAUACAAUGGACAUUCAUGGCAUUGCUUUUCGAAUGCCACUCAGACCACCUACUGACGGACAGUGUGCGGACAAAUCAAUCGAUGAGUUGGAUACCAGUAGUGAGAGCGAAAAACAUGGGCAAGGUGGUAUGAAUAUUCAAUGGAUUAAAGAAACCUGCUUGUCUGUUGGAAAGAUCAUCGAUACGACUAACAAAAACUCCCUGGAAAAUUUAAUCGACUCCCGUCCGGAAUCCAUCGUGGCUUUGGAUGGAGCUGAAGUGGAGUCGUUUGUAACGGCUUUGGCAAAAGAGAAAUCAUUGCAACCUAGUGGUGGGUUGUUGGUCAAUGUGCCUCCAACGCUGAUCGCCCCUGUUACAUUUGCGAAUGCUACAUCAAGAAAGCUGGAGUUUUCCUAUGGUCGCUCGAAUGGUGUAUCGUUUUUGGAAAUUCCUGACGGGCCAAUUAUGCCUCAUUUUAUCCCGGCGUUAGCGGAGCUAUUGCGAGACAAGAACGCAGAUUUGCCUUCGGCUUCCGCAGUUUACUCCAGUUUGGAAAGUUCCUUAACCCUUGCCCGAAUAACCGUGCCAGAAGAGAAGCAUGAUUUUGAAAUUCAGCCAAAUAUUACCCAGGUGAAAUUAGAGGAUGCACUGCCAGCGCAGAAGACAACGCGACAGAAGUCAGUAUCGGCCGCGACUUUUGAACAGCGUUACGCAAGUGUUAUCGGCAGCAUGUGCGCUUAUCAGUAUAUUUAAACAGCGCAGUUCUUUAAAUGUGGUAUCUGUAAAUAUGAGUAAUCGAUCAGCCCUUGUGGAUUCAGGGAUUGUUAACUUGUUAUUUGUUUUUCUUUGUCGCAUAAUGCGAGCAGCUGUACAUUCUGCUAACGUGUACUUCUAUAUUGAAUUUAUAUUAUUUAUUGUGUCUAUUAUACAUCACAUUUGUUGUUUUCAGUAAUUUAUUCGUAAGUACUUGUGUACCGCAGAAGCUAACCCGAAAAACAUGAUUCGCACA